GAUCCUACGAGCUCGCCGGCUGGGCGGCUCUAAACCCUUGUACCCGCUUCGGUCUCUAGAGGGGAGAGUAGUAGCAGCGAAAAGAAUCGGAAAGAAACCCUAGAUUUUUUCCGAGGGAAAAAGAGGAGCGGCUUCGAAUUGAGGCCUUUGCUUUUCUAUCAUGGAUGUUUAUGGUUUUCACGAGAAGAAACGGUGAUUUAUAUGGGAAAUUUGGAGAAUAGUGAGUCUACUUUGUGUUUUCCUUCCUCUGCUGUGGUUGGCUUUUGAGGAACCAUGGCCCAUCUGGGAGGUGGUGCCGAAGCCCAUGCUCGGUUCAAGCAGUAUGAGUACCGUGCUAACUCAUCUCUUGUCCUGACCACUGAUUCUCGGCCCCGUGACACCCAUGAACCCACUGGAGAGCCAGAGUCUCUAUGGGGCAAAAUUGAUCCUAGGAACUUUGGGGACCGAGCAUACAGAGGGAAGCCUCCUGAGCUUGAGGAGAAGAUCAAGAAGUCGAAGAAGAAGAAAGAGCGGGAGCCAUCACUUGACACAGAUCAGAGGAAGGACAGCAAGCGGCGUCGCAUCCAGGAGGAGAGUGUUCUCUCACUCACGGAUGAUGCUGUGUACCAGCCAAAAACCAAGGAGACUCGUGCAGCAUAUGAAGCACUGCUUAGUGUGAUCCAGCAGCAAUUUGGUGGGCAGCCGCAGGACAUCCUCAGCGGAGCAGCAGACGAGGUGUUGUCUGUUUUGAAAAAUGAAAAGAUCAAGAAUCCUGACAAGAAAAAGGAGAUCGAGAAACUCUUGAAUCCCAUUUCAAACCAGGUCUUUGAUCAGCUUGUCUCAAUUGGUAGGCUGAUUACAGACUAUCAGGAUGGGGGUGAUGCUUCUGGCUCGGCUACUGCAAAUGUCAAUGAUGAAGCACUGGAUGAUGAUAUUGGAGUGGCAGUGGAGUUUGAAGAGGAUGAAGAGGAAGAAGAGAGUGAUUAUGAUCAGGUCCAGGAAGAAUCAGAGGAUGAUGAUGAUGAAGGUCAGGAAUCCAAUGGUGCUGGAGCUAUGCAGAUGGGUGGAAUAGAUGAUGAUGAAAUGGAAGAAGCCAAUGAAGGGCUUACGAUAAAUGUUCAGGACAUUGAUGCCUAUUGGCUUCAGAGGAAAAUAUCUCAGGCAUAUGAGGAUAUCGACCCACAGCACAGCCAGAAACUUGCAGAGGACGUUCUCAAAAUACUUGCUGAAGGUGAUGAUAGAGAUGUUGAGAACCGGCUUGUGAUGCUGCUGGACUAUGACAAGUUUGACCUCAUCAAAUUACUUCUCCGAAACCGGCUCAAGAUAGUGUGGUGCACUCGCCUGGCCCGGGCAGAAGAUCAAGAGCAGAGGAAGAAGAUUGAAGAAGAGAUGACAGCUAUGGGUCCAAGCCACACUGCCAUCUUGGAGCAGCUGCAUGCCACAAGAGCAUCUGCAAAGGAGCGCCAGAAGAACUUGGAGAAGAGCAUAAGAGAAGAGGCUAGGCGAUUAAAAGAUGACCGUGGCAGCAGGGAUGGGGAUAGGGAUCGGAGGGUCAUUGACAGAGACAUGGAGAAUGGGUGGUUGAAGGGCCAGCGCCAAUUACUUGAUCUCGAUAGCAUUGCUUUUCAUCAAGGCGGCCUUCUGAUGGCAAACAAGAAGUGCGAGCUCCCCCCAGGAUCUUAUCGAACUCCUCACAAGGGCUAUGAGGAGGUCCAUGUACCAGCUUUGAAGCAAAAGGCAUUUGCCCCUGGUGAGGAGCUUGUGAAGAUAUCUGCGAUGCCUGAUUGGGCACAACCAGCCUUUGAAGGGAUGAAGCAACUGAAUAGAGUGCAGAGUAAAGUUUAUGAAACUGCCCUUUUUUCUCCUGAGAACAUACUUCUGUGUGCUCCAACUGGUGCUGGAAAGACUAAUGUUGCCAUGCUCACCAUUCUUCAACAGAUUGGUUUGAAUAGAAAGGAUGGGGUUCUAGACAACAAUAAAUAUAAGAUUGUGUAUGUGGCGCCAAUGAAAGCUUUGGUUGCUGAAGUUGUUGGAAACUUGUCUAAUCGGCUGAAAUCUUAUAAUAUAGUUGUAAAGGAACUCAGUGGAGACCAGACACUCACUCGCCAGCAGAUUGAAGAAACUCAGAUUAUUGUUACCACACCUGAAAAGUGGGACAUUGUCACCAGAAAAUCUGGGGACAGAACGUAUACACAGCUUGUGAAGCUUCUUAUAAUUGAUGAAAUUCAUCUUCUACAUGAUAACCGAGGGCCAGUGCUUGAAAGUAUUGUUGCAAGAACUGUUAGGCAGAUUGAGACAACCAAGGAACAUAUUCGACUUGUUGGUUUGUCUGCUACUCUUCCAAACUAUGAAGAUGUAGCACUAUUUUUACGUGUUGAUCCAAAAAAGGGUCUUUUCCAUUUUGACAAUGGUUAUAGACCUUGCCCACUCGCACAACAGUAUAUUGGUAUAACUGUAAAGAAACCUCUUCAGAGAUUUCAGUUGAUGAAUGAAAUCUGUUAUGAGAAGGUUAUGGCUGCUGCAGGCAAGCAUCAAGUUCUUAUCUUUGUUCACUCAAGGAAAGAAACAGCCAAGACUGCUCGUGCAAUAAGAGACGCAGCUUUGGCUAAUGAUACAUUAGGUCGAUUUUUAAAGGACGACAGUGCAAGCCGUGAGAUUCUUCACAGUCAAACAGAACUUGUUAAAAGCAAUGAUCUCAAAGACCUUUUGCCAUAUGGUUUUGCAAUCCAUCAUGCUGGCAUGGCAAGGGUGGACCGUGAUCUUGUUGAGGAGCUUUUUGCAGAUGGACAUGUACAAGUGUUGGUUUCAACCGCCACUCUCGCAUGGGGUGUUAAUCUACCAGCACAUACUGUAAUCAUAAAGGGAACCCAGAUUUAUAAUCCGGAGAAAGGAGCAUGGACUGAACUAAGCCCUUUGGAUGUCAUGCAGAUGCUUGGUCGUGCAGGAAGGCCUCAGUAUGACUCAUAUGGAGAAGGCAUAAUCUUAACAGGACAUAGUGAAUUGCAAUACUACCUCUCACUUAUGAACCAGCAGCUUCCUAUUGAGAGUCAGUUUGUAUCAAAGUUGGCUGAUCAGUUGAAUGCAGAGAUUGUUCUGGGAACAGUUCAGAAUGCUAGAGAAGCAUGCACCUGGAUAGGGUAUACUUACCUGUACAUUCGCAUGCUUCGGAAUCCUACUCUUUAUGGUUUGCCAGCAGAUAUAUUGGACAGAGACAAAACAUUGGAAGAAAGAAGAGCUGAUCUGAUACAUUCUGCUGCAAAUAUAUUGGAUAGAAAUAAUUUGGUCAAAUACGACAGGAAGAGUGGGUACUUCCAGGUGACUGAUUUAGGUCGCAUUGCAAGUUACUAUUACAUAACUCAUGGGACAAUAUCUACGUAUAAUGAGUACCUGAAGCCGACAAUGGGUGAUAUUGAGCUUUGUAGGUUAUUCUCACUCAGUGAAGAAUUUAAAUAUGUGACAGUGAGGCAAGAUGAGAAGAUGGAACUUGCUAAGCUCUUGGACCGUGUGCCCAUUCCUGUCAAAGAAAGUUUAGAAGAGCCAAGUGCAAAGAUCAAUGUUCUGCUGCAGGCAUAUAUAUCACAGCUGAAACUUGAGGGUCUUUCAUUGACAUCUGAUAUGGUUUUCAUCAGACAGAGUGCAGGGCGUCUUUUACGAGCUCUAUUUGAGAUCGUAUUGAAGAGGGGGUGGGCUCAGUUAGCAGAAAAGGCUUUGAAUCUGUGUAAAAUGGUUGAUAAACGCAUGUGGAGUGUUCAGACUCCAUUGCGCCAAUUUUCUGGUAUUCCAAAUGAAAUUCUGAUGAAACUUGAGAAAAAAGAUUUGGCAUGGGAGAGGUAUUACGACCUUUCCUCGCAGGAGAUCGGAGAGCUCAUUCGUUACCCUAAGAUGGGGAGACAACUUCAUAAGUUUAUACACCAGUUGCCGAAGCUGAACCUUGCAGCACAUGUUCAACCCAUCACUCGGACUGUUUUGGGUUUUGAACUGACAAUAACGCCUGAUUUCCAGUGGGACGAUACAGUUCAUGGCUAUGUGGAGCCAUUUUGGAUUAUUGUCGAGGAUAAUGAUGGUGAAUACAUCCUUCAUCAUGAGUAUUUCAUGCUUAAGAAACAGUAUAUAGAUGAAGACCAUUUCCUGAGUUUCACUGUGCCAAUCUAUGAGCCACUGCCGCCUCAAUAUUUCAUACGAGUGGUAUCAGAUAGAUGGCUUGGCUCUCAGACUGUUUUACCUGUGUGUUUCAGACACUUGAUUCUACCAGAGAAAUACCCCCCACCAACUGAGUUGCUGGAUUUACAACCUUUGCCGGUGACUGCUUUGAGGAAUCCUUUAUAUGAAGCUCUCUAUGACACGUUCAAGCAUUUCAAUCCCAUCCAAACUCAGGUAUUUACUGUCUUAUACAACACCGAUGACAAUGUCUUGGUUGCAGCUCCAACAGGAAGUGGCAAGACCAUAUGUGCAGAGUUUGCAUUGUUGAGAAAUCAUCAAAAAGCAUCUGAGGGUGUCAUGCGUGCUGUAUAUAUUGCUCCUAUUGAAGCUCUUGCAAAGGAAAGAUACCGUGAUUGGGAGGAGAAAUUUGGAAAGCGCCUUGGCAUUCGUCUUGUGGAGUUGACAGGGGAAACAGCAACUGAUCUAAAACUGCUUGAGAGAGGACAGAUUAUAAUCAGUACUCCAGAAAAAUGGGAUGCUCUCUCUCGUCGGUGGAAGCAGCGUAAACACAUUCAGCAGGUCAGCCUUUUCAUUGUCGAUGAGCUUCAUCUGAUUGGGGGAGAAAUAGGUCCUGUGCUGGAAGUAAUUGUCUCCAGAAUGAGGCGUAUUGCAAGUCACAUUGGCAGUAACAUCCGGAUAGUAGCACUUUCAGCUUCACUUGCAAAUGCAAAGGACCUUGGGGAAUGGAUUGGUGCUACUUCUCAUGGACUUUUCAAUUUUCCACCUGGUGUACGGCCGGUUCCAUUAGAGAUACACAUUCAAGGUGUUGAUAUAGCAAACUUUGAAGCAAGGAUGCAGGCAAUGACAAAACCAACAUACACUGCUAUUGUUCAACAUGCAAAGAAUGGAAAACCUGCCCUGGUAUUCGUACCCACAAGGAAGCAUGCCAGGCUGACUGCACUUGACUUGUGUACUUACUCAAGUGCUGAGAGUGGGGAAAAACCUCUAUUCUUGCUUGGUUCUGAGAUGGAAAUGAUGACUUUCAUUUCAGGGAUCAAGGAUGACACCUUGAAAGAGACACUUCCCCUGGGUGUUGGCUACUUGCAUGAAGGUCUCAGUGAUUUUGAUCAGGAAGUUGUAACCCAGUUGUUCCUUAGCGGAAGGAUCCAAGUUUGUGUUGCAAGCAGCUCUAUGUGCUGGGGAAGGUCAUUGCCAGCGCACUUGGUUGUGGUUAUGGGAACUCAAUAUUAUGAUGGCCGAGAGAAUGCUCAUACUGACUACCCCAUCACUGACCUAUUGCAAAUGAUGGGUCAUGCCAGCAGACCUCUUAUAGAUAAUUCUGGGAAGUGUGUUAUCUUGUGCCAUGCUCCUCGCAAGGAGUACUAUAAGAAGUUCCUUUAUGAAGCCUUCCCUGUUGAGAGUCAUCUGCAUCACUUUCUGCAUGAUCAUUUGAAUGCUGAAGUUGUUGUUGAAGUAAUAGAGAAUAAGCAAGAUGCUGUAGAUUAUCUCACUUGGACUUUCAUGUAUAGGAGGCUUACUAAGAAUCCAAACUACUAUAAUCUCCAAGGUGUUAGCCACAGGCAUCUUUCAGAUCACCUUUCUGAUCUCGUGGAGAAUGCAUUGAAUGAUUUGGAGUCAAGCAAAUGUGUUCUUGUUGAAGAGGAUAUGUACCUUAAACCUCAUAAUCUUGGCUUGAUCGCUUCAUAUUACUACAUCAGCUACACCACAAUUGAGCGAUUCAGUUCAUCUUUGACUCCAAAAACUAAGAUGAAGGGCCUUCUGGAAAUCCUGGCAUCUGCUUCAGAAUAUGCACAUCUUCCAAUUAGACCUGGUGAGGAGGAGUUGAUAAGAAAGCUGAUUAAUCAUCAAAGGUUUUCCUUUGAGAACCCCAAAUGCACUGAUCCUCAUGUUAAGGCAAAUGCGCUGUUACAAGCUCACUUCUCAAGGCACACAGUGGUUGGGAACCUAGCAGCAGACCAGCGAGAGGUGCUCCUAUCUGCUCAUAGGUUGCUUCAGGCAAUGGUUGAUGUGAUCUCAAGCAAUGGAUGGCUUAGCCUUGCUCUUUCCGCAAUGGAGGUGAGCCAGAUGGUGACCCAGGGCAUGUGGGAGCGUGAUUCAAUGCUUCUACAGCUUCCCCAUUUCACAAAGGAGUUAGCCAAGAGAUGUCAGGAAAAUCCUGGUAGAAGCAUUGAGACUGUUUUUGAUCUGGUGGAGAUGGAGGAUGAUGAAAGACGGGAUCUCCUGCAGAUGUCUGAUUCUCAGCUGCUUGACAUUGCCCGAUUUUGCAACCGCUUCCCUAACAUUGAUAUGACAUAUGAGGUGUUAGACAGUGAUGAUGUGAGGCCAGGGAAAAAUAUUACUUUGCAGGUUACCCUGGAACGUGAUCUUGAGGGGCGUUCUGAGGUUGGACCAGUCGAUGCUCCCAGAUAUCCGAAGCCCAAAGAAGAAGGAUGGUGGCUUGUGGUGGGCGAUAGUACCACAAAUCAGUUAUUAGCUAUAAGAAGAGUGUCACUGCAACGGAAAGCCAAAGCCAAGCUUGUUUUUACUGCCCCUUCGGAAGUUGGAAGGAAGACUUACACGAUUUACUUCAUGUGUGAUUCCUAUCUUGGCUGUGACCAGGAAUAUAACUUUACUGUUGAUGUAAAUGAUGCUGGAGAUGGGGGUAGGAGCGACUGAUUUAUUCCAUGGUGGCUGAAAAAUCUUGGAUGUUAGUGGGAGCCUUAUUUAACCCUAUCAAGUAGUUCCGGGGUUGACGGAGAAAUGUUGUUAUAUUUGGUCUCUAGACUUCUUCAUUUUGGACAUAAUAUGUCUGCUUAUGACCGUCUGGGUAGUGAUUAAGAUCUACAUGUUCACCUUAUUGUUGUUUCUUAAUGCAUAAUUAAGUUUGCUUUGUGCUAUUUGCUUGGUAAUUUUCUGGGUCUUUCGUCUCCCUGGACCUGAAAUGUAUUUUCAUGGACCGGAUGAAUUUUCUUGCAGUAAAAUAUGUGGCAGGUUCUGUUUCUGAUUUAUGUAUUGGGAUGAAGAAGAUAGUAAUUGUGGCUUGUUAUCAUCGUCUUGCCAAUGAGAUGAUGGCUCGUCCUGUGUUACAAA